GAAAACUUAAGUCUGAAAAAUAGCACAAGGGGCUGAAUCCAGGACUUUUUAUUGUUGCUGCUAUUUCCUAAAGGAAUAAUUUGAAUUUUACUCUCAGGCAUUUUUCAAAAACCCACCAGGUGGACGUGGCCCCUAAGGAUGGUGACACCCUUCUGAGAAGCAGGACCCUGGCACAGGACACGGGGCCAGGUCCCCUGAGCCCGCACCUGUCUCAUCAGCAGCUGGCGCCCCCAUACUCAACUCCAGAUGAGACGUCUCCCACCGUAGGACGAAAUAUUUGGAGAAUAUGAAAGUGUCACUCGGAGCUGUCCAUUUCAUGGCGCUGCUGAUGUCCUUGAAGGCCGAUAAGUGCACUGAGCGUGAAGAACAAAUAAUUUUAACUUCAUCUGCAAAUGAAAUUGCUGUUGGUACCUGUAAUCUUAACUUAAAUGAAAACAUAGGUCCUGUGAUUUGGUAUAAAGACGAUGACAAGACACCUGUAUGUACGGAUCAGAACUGCAGGAUCAAUCAGCAGAAAGGAAAGCUUUGGUUUGUCCCUGCUAAAGUAGAGGAUUCGGGACAUUACUAUUGCAUUGUAAGAAAUUCAACUUCCUGUUUCAAACUUAAAAUAACUGCACAUUUUGUGGAGAAUGAGCCUAACUUGUGUUAUAACACACAAGUUAUAUUUAUGCAGAAACUGCCCAUUUCAGGAGAUGGAAGACUUGUGUGUCCUCAUUUGGACUUUUUUAAAGAUGAAAAUAAUGAGUAUCCCAAAGUGGAGUGGUAUAAGGACUGCAAACCUUUACUUCUGGAUGAUGCGAAGUUCAUUGGCAUCCAGAAUACGCUCCUUAUAAAGAACGUGGCUCAGGAGCACAGAGGGAACUACACCUGCCACGCGCUGUACGCGUACUCGGGGAAGGUAUAUGAAAUCACACGGACGAUAGAGUUCCUUACUCUAGAGGAAAACAAGCCCAACAGACCUGUGAUUGUGGAUCCCAAGAAUGAGACCAUGGAGGUGAAGCUGGGAUCCAAGAUAGAGCUGAUCUGCAAUGUCUCGGGCCAUUACUCUGACUCUGUGUACUGGAUGUGGAAUGGGUCAUAUAUUGCUUAUGAUGACCCAAUACUGGUAGAAGACUAUUUUUA